ACAAACAUGAGUUCAUCCCCAGUAUUGGAACCCUCGUCCCCGUCAACCACACCCUCAUCCCCUGCGCUGAAGGCGGACUGCGUGCAAUUCCACACGUCGACACCAAACUACAUUGGAAAGAAGCAGCAUCAACCCCCUCUUCACGUCGUGUUGCCGUCCACUGCACCGGCGACUCCACCUAUUUACGGGGAGCCGACUCUGACGCCGCCGCCUCGGUCACCAGCAGCUACCGUCGCCACACCAGCGUCAGGAGACGGUCGUAACCAUCCGCCUGACGGCACAUCCUCGGAUAAGUCUUCAGAAACAGCCGUCGGUACACCACGCGCGGCAAACACGGCCCUAUCUCGCAAAGAAAGUUACAAAGCACAACGGCAGCACUACAGAAGAGAAAAGAAGAGAGCGGCGUCCGCGCUGCUGCACUCUAUAGAAGAUCCCUCGGUCGUUGUUCUAUCAGAUUGGUUGAAGGUUCGAGGUUCCCUAAAGUCAUGGACGAAGUUGUGGUGUGUCCUGAAGCCAGGGUUACUGCUAUUGUACAAGAGCCCUAAAGCUAAGAGCAGUCACUGGGUGGGCACGGUGCUACUGACGUCGUGCCAAGUGAUAGAGAGGCCGAGCAAGAAGGACGGCUUCUGUUUCAAGUUGUACCACCCUCUGGAGCAGAGCAUCUGGGCACCUAGGGGGCCACACAACGAGACCAUAGGUGCGGUGGUGCAGCCGCUGCCGACGGCGCACCUGAUCUUCCGCGCGCCCUCACAGGCAGCAGGACACUGCUGGCUCGACGGACUCGAGCUGGCCCUGCGCUGCACUAAUGCUAUGCUCAGAUGUUCCCGGUCUCGACCAGAGCAGACCGUGGCAGCGGAGGCGCCCGCUACGCAGACCAUCUCUCAUGAGGAGCUGGAGAUGCACUUCAACGAGCACGAGUUAGCAGGCGCGGCGUCUGAUACCGACAGCGAGGGUUCCAGGGUUGGGCUGCAGGAGCAGACGGCAGACAUGGCGAGCAGGAAGCAUGAUAUCCUAUCAAGGAUCGAGAGGGUCUACGUGGAGGAUCCAGACAGGGAGAUUGGUGUGGCUGGAGAAUUGGUAGAGGAGGUGGCAGAAGAGAAUAAGUCUCUGCUUUGGUUCCUAUUGAAGCAGGUCCGUCCCGGCAUGGACCUCAGCAAAGUGGUGCUGCCCACCUUCAUAUUGGAGCCGAGGUCGUUCCUCGACAAGCUAUCUGAUAAUUAUUACCACGCGGAUUUACUAGGACAAGCCCAAAAUAUAGAAGACCCGUACCAAAGGUUUAAAUGCGUGCUGAGGUGGUACCUCUCGGGGUUGUACCGGAAGCCGAAGGGGUUGAAGAAGCCGUACAACCCGGUGCUGGGGGAAACCUUCAGGUGCUGCUGGAAACAUCGCAACACUGACACUUAUACGUAUUAUAUAGCAGAACAGGUCUCUCACCAUCCGCCUGUCUCAGCCUUCUAUGUCUCCAACAGAAAGGACGGUUAUGUUAUAGAAGGGAGCCUACUAGCUAGAUCUAAGUUUUAUGGUAAUUCAACGUCGGCCAUAUUGGAGGGUUGUGCGAGGGUGCACUUGCUGAGUUGGGGUGAGACGUACGUCACCACCGCGCCCUACGCGCACUGCAAGGGCAUCGUCAUAGGGACACUCAGCAUGGAGCUCGGGGGGAAGGUACACAUAUUAUGUUCGGAUACGGGAUACCAUGCUGAUAUAGAAUUUAAGUUAAGGUCGUUCCUGGGCAGCGCUGAGCAGACAAAUGCAAUAUCCGGACGAAUCAAGAAAGGGAAGGACACAGUUGCCACAAUAGAAGGUUAUUGGGACGGGAAAAUAGACAUAAAAGACAAGAAAACUGGGGAGGAAAGCAACCUUCUAGACGUGGCCUUACUGAAGGACCAGCGAUUGCCGCGGUACCUGAUGACCCUGGACCAUCAGCAAGAGUAUGAAUCGCAGCGGCUCUGGCUGAAGGUGUCUGAAGCCAUCGGAAAUGAUGAUCAGGUGGCUGCAACAGAAGAGAAGACAAUAAUAGAGGAGGCUCAGAGAGCUCGCGCCAGGAACCUGGUGGCUCCAUGGGUGCCCAGAUUCUUCCACAAGGACCUCCACGCGCAGACCCUUGAUGGUAUUGUCGAUCAAGGGUGGAAAUAUAACCACUUAAAUACAACUCCGUGGCAACUGGACGAGGUGGUGGAGUACGAGGAGGAGUUCGUGAUCGGCAGCCUCCCGGGGGGCGGCGCGGGACACGUGUCGCCCCCCGCGCGCCCCCCCCGGCCCCCCUCCGACUCGGACAGCCACGACGGAGCCGCCCCCCGGGCGAAGGCUUCCACACGCACAAUAAAACAGACGCUGCACUCCAUAGACACGGCUCUACGGGACCACACCACGGCCAUAGAGCGUCUAUCCAAAACGGUAGAAGCCAUGGGCGAAACCCAUCGCGCCGCCGCGUUCCGCGCCCAGGCCGUGGGCCGGGCCCCGGGCGCCGCCCACUACUGGGAACUCCUCGGCGGGUUCGUACUCGCUAUUGUACUACAAGCGUUACUCAAUUGGAUAUUCCAUCAAAAAGACUGAACCUAAAUCGCUGUGGCGUUCUCGGUGCCCACACCGCUAUUCCGUGCGGAUAUUGCCGCGUUCAGUACCAGUUACGACCGGAUUGAACCGGUCCGAUCCGGUUAUGUGUCUUAUACGUGUGGUAUUAGUGUUGUUAGUAAUGUUCCCAUGCGAUAUUUUUAUUGUGGAAUUGUAUAUAUUGAAUUGUAAUUUUAUUUUAUUUUUUCUCUUUACUCUGUGGUAUAGAGUGGUCCGUUUGUUUAUGAAUGGUUUGAUAGAUUAUUUUUUAACUGUGUACGGGGUUUUAAUAGAUUUAAAGCUUUAUUUUUCCAAAAAAUACAAAGUUUACAAUUACUUAGUAAAAAUCACGGGAUCUUACCACUAC